AUGGCCACCAAAGAAACGUCUCACCAUGUUGAGGAUGAAGGGCUGGAGAAGGUGGUCGGUACUAUUGGGAAGGACCAAGAUGAUGCGGGUGCUUUUAUUGCUCAGACGGGAGGAGUGUUUGAGUACUCCGCCAAGGAAGCUAAUAUUGUUCGAUGGAAAUUGGAUCUGAUAUUGCUGCCGAUGAUGACCAUUACAUAUCUUUUGUCCUUUAUGGAUAAAGUAGCUCUUGGACAGGCUUCUAUUUUUGGUAUCAUGGAAGGAGAUGUGAGUUUUCCUGCAUUUCUCAAUCGCGAAGAAGAUAUUGACACGAAUGUAAUUCAGCACCUCACCGGGCAAGAGUAUUCGUGGGCCAGCGCAAUCUUUUACUUUGGCUACUUGAUCGCCCAGUACCCAUGUUCCAUUCUUAUGCAGAAGAUGCCUAUUGGCAAGUAUUUCGGAGUCAUGAUUGUCCUCUGGGGCGUCGCAACAACCUGCCAAGCUGCCACCAACUCGUUUGCCACACUGGCAACGUGUCGAUUUUUCCUUGGUGCAUUUGAGACGUGUAUCUCACCUGUUUUGACUAUUCUCGUCGGACAGUACUGGACGAGAAAGGAGCAUCCCAUGCGUGCUGUGGCGUGGUGGGCUGGUGCUGGUAUUGGAGGGUUCGUCGCCGAUGGGAUCACUUAUUCGGUCUCUGGCGGUGCUUGGACACAUAGCAAAUAUUCGACGUGGCAGCUUGUGUUUCUCGUAUUUGGUCCCAUCUCGAUUGCUUGGGGAGUAUUCAUUUUCUUUGCGAUGCCCACUUCACCUAUGACGGCUUGGUUCUUGACUGAGCGAGAAAGGGAGAUUGCUGUUCUCAGGGUCAUUCAAAACCACACUGGUAUUGAGAAUCGACGAUACAAGACGUAUCAAGCUAGAGAGGCUCUUCUCGACCCUCAGGUCUGGAUGCUCUGUGCAAACAGUUUCCUGCAGUGCAUUCCUGGUGGCGGUCUUACUGCUUUUGGGAAAAUCGUAAUUACUGGUCUUGGAUAUUCCGAUAGGGAUGCCGUCAUCAUGUCGUAUCCCUGUGACGCCGUUCAACUUACCUCUGUGGUGGUAUCUGGUGUACUGGCACAGGCUAUUCCCAACAUUCGAAUUGCCUUGAUGAUUGUGACUAAUAUCAUUGUGCUCAUUGGAAGCGUUUUGGUAGAGGAAUUACCCGUUUCGAAAACGCUAGGUCCCAUGUUCAUUUUAUAUGUCAACACCGUUCCCUACAUCAUGUGUAUGAGUCUUGUGGCCUCCAAUAUUGGUGGCUUUACUAAAAAGGCUACAACGGGGGUCAUGAUGUUCAUGUCUUAUAGUGUUGGCCAGAUCGUCGCGCCGCACUUCUUCCUCGCGAGCGAAAAGCCGAGAUACCCGACUGGAUUUCGAGCAUUCUACAUUAGUCUGGCGCUCAUGAUUGUUGUUGAAAUAUUAAUGAUUGUCUAUUUGAAGAUACAGAAUCGCAAGAAGGAGCAAGCUGCUGCUGAGUCGGCUGCGUCUGGUGUUGCGUCGUCUACGGAUUUUAUGGACUUGACGGACAAGGAGCAUCCCGAGUUUCGAUAUGUAUUUUGA